ACUCUGCAGUUGGAGCCAAUGCCUGCGGCGGGCUUCUACUACGAGGAUGUGGACAGUGGCAGCGAUUGCGAUGCGGACGAUGACGAUGAUGAGGCGGUCAACAUACGUGUCUCAUAUGUACAGCAUGCUGAGGUUGUGGCCCAGCUGCGCGAUUGCGCCAAUGUCAGCGGCCGGCGUCAGCCACAACCACAACAAAGGCAACAACAGCUGCAGCAGCAAUUGUUGAGGCUGCCAAAUCGCCUGGUCGCCGCACUUGGUCGCCUGUCCGCCAAUCUCAACUGCUAUCAGCCCGUGGCAAGAACGCUGCCAACGCGCAAUCAAGUCGCCGGCAAACGUGCCGCCUGAUGUGUGCUAGAACCAAAAUCAACCACAACUUAGAGACAAUCCCAGUGCGUCGUCGUCGUGUGCCGAAGCCAAAACUCCAAAAGCAAAAAAACAAACAAAACUCUACUAAAAUACAUAAAAAUCAAAA